UCGAUGAUCUCUCAAGGUCCCUUCCAGUCCUAGUAUUCUAUGAUUUUAAGACAACAGACACUUGUCUUUGGGGUCACAAGCUGGGGAAAGCCUAGAUAAUUGCAGUGUUUGGAGAGGCUCUAUAGACACUUGUGUGAAUGGGAGUGGCAGUAGACAGCUGAAACACAGCACUUCACAUAGUCCAUCUGCUGAUUUUCCUGUUUGUUUAUAUGCUUAAGCUGACUACCAACAAUGCAGAGACAGAGUAAUGGAGGCAAUUAAAGAAAGGCAUGUAAUGGAUAUAGAGGAACUGAAGAAGGACAUGUCAUUAAAGCCUCAGGAGCGAAAGGAGAAGUGGGAGAGGCAUCCAGGAAAGAAACCCCGAGAAUCUGAAAACUAUGUGUCCACUGAGCCUAGUGAAAAUGGCCAUAAUAAUGAUGCUGGGAGCUCUGAAAGGGAGACUGAACGAGGCAAAGAGAGGGUGAAGAAGAAACACCCCUUGAAGAUAACCAAACAGAUGAAGGUCCCUGCAAGCAGAAGUGGCAGAAAUAGCGAGGAAGACAGCAUCAGGGAGGCCACCAGCUCUCAGCGGAGCAGCUCGAGGGAUUGUCUCAGUGAUAGUUCUGCUCAAUCGCUUUCAGGACGAGGCUAUUCCAUUAUUCAUUCUUUCUCCUUCUAUGUGGAAAAAUGUAUUUCCAAGUCUUCAUAUGAAGACCUCCUGAUGGUUGUGAAGAAGUGCAAGGUGAAGUAACAAGAUCAUCUGGCUUAUCUAAGAUCAUCUUUCAAGGGACAAUACAAGGGAAGAGAAGAGGUACAAGAAGACAUGGAUUGAUAACAUCAAAGAGUGGACAAGCAUGGACUUUGUGAAGACUCAAGCACUGGCAGACAGUUGGAGUGGAGACAGUUGGUUAAUUGCUCAUCAGUUAUGGUGCCCCAACAACCAGUGUGGUUAUUGGAGUGAUGACUAUGAUUUCUGUUAGGGAUGUUAGGGUAUGUAUAGAC